CUUUUUCAUACUUGGGUAGCCUGUGUAGUAUAUAGCCGUUGGGGCUUGAUUAUUGGAAUCCAAGAUGGAGGUCAACAGCGGAGCGGACAGAAUGGCACUCAAUUUUUAGCCCAUAACUCCACCUUUAGUCUUCUUACAAUGGCGCUUUUACAGUGGAGGAGGUUGAACUUUUUUGACAAGGAAGUUCUAAAAGACCCCCAGACAAAUCAAACGUAUUCGCGACUACAGGACAUAGAUAUUGCGGCAUGUUCAAGUGGGCGUGGACAAAUGGUGUUUGGAGAUACCAAUGGAAGCAUCCAUUUUGUUGACAGUGAGCUAAAUUUGACAUCUUUCAAAGCAUUUGAGAUCCGAGUCUCUCAUUUAUACCAACUCAAGCAGCAUAACAUCCUUGUCUCUAUUGGGGAGGAUGAGGCUGGUAUCAACCCCCUUGUCAGGGUUUGGAACUUAGAUAAGCCUGACAAACUUGGGAACCCUGUGUGCUGUCAAAUGCUGAGGGCAAUACCUGGUAACAAGCCUGUAGCGGUGUCAUGCCUUGCAGUCCUGGAGAAUCUGACACAGAUGGCAGUUGGCUUUGCAGAUGGCAGUGUUGUUGUUUAUAAAGGAGACAUCACCAGGGACAGGCAUAGCAAGCAAAGACUAAUCCACCAAGACAAGCAUCCAAUCACUGGCCUGGGCUAUCGUCAGACUGGAGCCAGCACAAUUCUUUUUGUUGUUACUCAAGAGACUCUCCUCUCCUAUAACCUGUCCUCCAAGGAUCACAGGGAGCUGCUAGACACGCAUGGCUGCUCUUUGAACUGUGCUGUUGUCAGUGACAUUUCGCAAGAGCAGCAGUUUGUUGUUGCCAGAAAUGAGGCUCUGUAUUUUUAUCAGCCAGAUGGUAGGGGACCUUGCUUAGCAUUUGAAGGUGACAAGCAGAUGAUCAGUUGGUUCCGUGGAUAUCUUGUCGUCGUUAGCAGAGACACUAAGUUACAAAUCACUGCGCCUGGAUCCACAGCCCCUCCAAGGGUAGCAAAUGUUGUUACAGUUUAUGACAUUCAAAACAAAUUCAUCGCAUUCACUGGAACUUUUCCUGGAGUGAUCGAAGUCUUGAGUGAAUGGGGAAAUCUUUAUGUCCUUACAAUGGAUAAGAAGAUAUUUCAACUUGAGGAAAAACCAACACAAACUAAACUUGAGAUCCUGUUCAAGAAAAAUCUUUAUGCAUUGGCCAUAAGCCUUGCACGAAGCCAGCAUUAUUCAGAGGGACUAAUUGACAUUUUCACACAAUAUGGCGACCACCUAUACAGCAAAGGAGACCAUGAUGGUGCUAUACAGGAGUACAUCAAAACUAUUGGCCAUUUGGAGCCCUCUUAUGUCAUACGAAAGUUUUUAGAUGCACAGCGUAUCCACAACCUCACCGCUUACCUACAGGCUCUUCACGAACAUGGUCUAGCAAACACGGACCACACAACCCUUUUACUUAACUGCUACACCAAGUUGAAGGAUGUCUCCAAGCUAGACGAAUUUAUCAUGUCUGAAAAAGAGCUCAAUUUUGACGUUGAAACCGCUAUAAAGGUGUGCAGACAGGCUGGUUACUUCAAGCAUGCUGUUAACCUCGCAAACAAAUUUGAGCAACAUGACUGGUACCUUAAAAUUCAACUUGAAGAUCUCCACGAUUACCAGAAAGCACUGGAAUACAUUGCACAACUCGACUUUUAUGAGGCUGAGAGUAACAUGAAGGCUUAUGGGAAAUGUCUCUUGAACAACGUCCCUAUUGAGGCUACCAACUUGUUGAAGAAGCUCUGUACAAGUUAUAAACCCAACCGAGUGGAAGUCACAGUUCCUAAUAAGGAAAUUUCAAGCCCUGUGACGUCAGGGCUGAUAAGCACCUUGCCAGGAAUGCUGGACCCUAUGGAGACAGAUAAGAAGACGCACAGGUCUCGCCCUGAGGAGUUCAUCCACAUAUUUGUACACCAGAAAGCGAAACUGAUCGAGUUCCUGGAACACAUGACACAGAUGUUCCCCAAGUCUUCCAGUUUGUUGUACAACACACUGCUGGAGCUGUACCUAAACAAUGCCGCCCACGAGACUGACGUUAAGGGGCAAGUCAUUCACGAGAAGAAAGCCCUCGAUUUGCUCAUGAACGUCGAGGCAAGGUAUGACCUGGACCACGCGAUGGUGCUGGCGCAGAUGCAUCACUUCAAAGCCGGUAUUUUAUUCUUGUACGAGAAGGCGAAGCUUUAUCAGCAGAUUCUACACUAUCACAUGGAGCAAAAUGACUACACAAACGUGAUAGACACGUGCAAGAAACACGGUGCCCAGGACCCCAGCCUCUGGGUGCAAGCGCUUUCUUACUUCGCACGUAAAGAAUCCAACUGCAAGGAUCAGAUUAUCGAAGUCUUGUCCCACAUCAACCGGGGCAAUCUGAUGUCACCUCUUCUAGUCCUUCAGACACUAGCCCACAAGUCAACAGCAACACUUGCAGUUGUCAAGGACUACAUCGUACGGCGGCUACAGCUGGAGGAUGAACUGAUUGCUAAGGAUGAAAGACUUAUUCGUCAGUACAGCGAGGAGACCGAGAAGAUGAGGCAGCAGAUCUCAGAGCUCAAAACAAGUGCUAAAGUAUUCAAUGGCUCCAAAUGUAACCUUUGCUCAAGGCCGCUCGACCUGCCCGCCGUUCACUUCCUCUGCCUUCACUCCUUCCACCAGCCGUGCUUCGAAGGAUACGCGGAAAAUGAUAACGAGUGUCCAAUAUGCACGCCGGAAAACAAAAAAGUGCUUGACAUCAUUCGUUCUCAAGAGCAAGCGAAGGACCUUCAUGAACAAUUCCAUCACCAGCUUGAGCGAGCUACUGACGGCUUUUCGGUGGUUGCUGAUUAUUUCGGGCGAGGAGUUUUUAACAAGGUAACCUUGGUAACGGAUACACAAUCACGUGACACACGCGUACUCAGCGCCCAAGAGCAGCGUGACAGGCUACUGCAGUAACGCAAUCCGGGUAUCGUCACGAUAAACAUAGAAUAGUUCAACAAUACAAUACAAUAAGGACAACAAGAAACAAGUAUGAUUUAUGUAUAGAAAAUUGCUGAGAUUUCCUCAUAGCAGGCUUUUUUCCCCGAUUACUUAUCAGAAUCUGAAAAGGUGUCUGAAUUUCGUGUAAAUCGCCAGUGCUUUAGGUUGGUGUUACACGGGAUAACUUGCAACAAAAACUUUUCGCGAUACAUUGUGUCGUAUCCAUUCUGACAUGCUGCCAAUCGAAUGUUACACGGAAUAACUUUCCAGAUAUUCGUCAUUCUGUGUUGCACAUUUUUUAAGCGUUGUUUUUUUAUGUUGCCGAUUGAAAUGAUGCGUGGAAAGCUGUGUUGCGCGACAUGUUACAUGGUCAAAAACUUUCCACGACACAAUGUAUCGCGAAAACUUUUUGUUGCACUUUCAGAAUUGCAAACGGUGAAAAAAAACGUUAACCGAAGAAGUACACCUUUUACUUUUGUUGUUAUUUUAGGGAAAGGGGCAUUAAUUUGCGCCAAAAGUUGUAUGGAUAAAGUGUAUUUUACUUCCAUAACUUUACACCAAGCAUCAUUAGCCUGACCUGGACCUUCAAGAAAAAUUUCUUAGGUCGGGCCCGUUUCGUAUAUCGCGUCGGGGACUGUUCGCGCGCCGCGAGGUAGUUUCUCGGAUUACGCAACGAAACUUGACCGGGUAUCUACGUAAACACGGAGAGCGCGUCGCAAAACAAGGCAAAAUUCGAACAAAUCAGAGGGGAGUUUCGUUGUUUGUCAUCUCUAAAUCAAUUUACCAAACAAUAUCUGUUCCCAACGCCCUUGGAACAGGAAUUAAUAUUCCUGUCCGGGCAUUUAGUAACACAGUCAAACAAUAAGUAGCGUUUAUUGACAAUUCGUUAUCCAAUAAAGAAAAUUCAUGAGUGCUAUUAACAUAA